AUAAGAAUCGGGCGACGGCCACCUGCGCCACAGUCUUCGCGGAGAGUCGCCGCGGUUUCCUGCUUCAACAGUGCUUGGACGGAACCCGGCGCUCGUCCCCCGCCCCGGCCGGCCACUCAGAGCCAGCCCUCGCCACCUCUUCACAGCGCCCUCCGACCGCCCCAAGGUCCCCGCCGCCGCUCCAGCGCCGCGCAGCCGCCGCCGCCGCCACCGCCACCGCCUCUUCUCAGCCGCCCGCCAUGACGACCGCGUACACCUCGCAGGUGCGCCAGAACUACCACCAGGACUCGGAGGCUGCCAUCAACCGCCAGAUCAACCUGGAGCUGUACGCCUCCUACGUCUACCUGUCCAUGUCAUACUACUUUGACCGUGAUGAUGUGGCUUUGAAGAACUUUGCCAAAUACUUUCUUCACCAAUCUCACGAGGAGAGGGAACAUGCUGAGAAACUGAUGAAGCUGCAGAACCAACGAGGUGGCCGAAUCUUCCUUCAGGAUAUCAAGAAACCAGACUAUGACGACUGGGAGAAUGGGCUGAAUGCAAUGGAAUGUGCGCUACACUUGGAAAAAAGUGUGAAUCAGUCACUACUGGAAUUGCACAAACUGGCCACUGACAAAAAUGACCCCCACUUGUGUGACUUCCUUGAGACGCAUUACCUGAAUGAGCAGGUGAAAUCCAUCAAAGAACUGGGUGACCAUGUAACCAACUUGCGCAAGAUGGGGGCCCCCGAAUCUGGCAUGGCGGAGUAUCUCUUUGACAAGCACACCCUGGGAAGCAGUGAUAAUGAGAGCUAAGCCUUAGGCUGGCUUCCUGGAGCCACAGGGGUGACCUCCCUGGUCACCAAGGCAGUGCAUGCAUGUUUGGGUUACCUUUACCUUUUCUAUAAGUUGUACCAAAACAUCUACUUAACGUUCUUUCCUUAGUACCAUUCCUUCAAAUAAAGUAAUUUGGUACCCA